AUGGAAUAUAAUGAUUUUGGGCCAUGGAAGUAUGAUUCAAGGACAUUAAAAUUUAACCAUAAUAAAAUCGUGCUAAUCAAUCUAGAACCUCAUUCAAGGGAAUUUCUUUUUUGGUUCGGCAUAUCAUGCUAUUUCCCAGUCAUUACUGCUGUCACUGGUCCUAUUGCGAAUAUGUUGUCAAUCGCUUGUGUUGUUAAUAAAUGGAGAAUGACUUCCACCGGCAAAGAACUUUCGGAUCCGCAUGGUAUUUUUGCAAUCAAUGUUCUUUCCUUAAUUAUCGGUUGCAUCUCAAACGUGGUUUUGCUAAUGCAUUUUUCUAAAAAAAUCUCUUAUCUUCAAUCCCAAAUGCUUAACAUAAUUGGUUGGACUUUAGCAUCUGUUUUAUUACUAAUCGAUGUUAUAGUAUGCAGUAGGAUUGAAUAUAAACAUGGAUUGUACCACAGAGCAAUAGGCUUUUGGUAUGCCGUCUUUACUGUAAUUUUAUAUUUUUGUUGUACACUAACCUUAUCAGUACAUUUUUUGGGCUAUUUCAGAAAUGUCUAUCCACCAGAGUUUAAUUUAACUGACAACGAAAGAGCUGUAAUGGUUUACACCUUUUGUUUAUCUAUUUGGUUCAUAUGGGGCGCAGGUAUGUUUUCAGGCUUAUUGGAUAUUUCUUAUGGUGUUGGAUUAUAUUACGAAACAGUUUCAGUAUUAACUGUUGGGCUAGGUGAUUUUGUUCCCCACAACCCUGCUGGGAAAAUUAUGUGUUUAAUUUUUUCGUUGAUAGGUGUCAUUUUAGUUGGUUUAAUUGUAGCAAUGACGUCAAGUAUUAUCAAAAGUUCUGCUGGUCCUAUUAUUGUCCUUCACAAAUUGGAAAGAGAAAGACUAAAGUUCCUGAAAAUAUACGAAUUGAAAAGAAAACAAUCGCCACAUAAUAAAAACUUGAUCAACAAUUAUGAAAGUAUAGAGCAAUUCAGAUUGAUGAGACAAUUACAAAUUAAGGUUCACAAGAGAACGAAAAUGAUCACCUUGUUUAUAACACUUUUUAUUUUUAUUUCAUUUUGGCUUGUCGGCGCUUUGGUUUUCAAGUUUGCUGAAAGUUGGGAUUAUUUUGAUGCAAUGUAUUUCUGCUUCCUUUGUUUGAUUACCAUCGGUUAUGGUGAUUUUGCACCAAAGUCUUCUGCUGGGAGGGCAUUCUGGGUUAUUUGGGCUUUGGCAGCUGUGCCAUUGAUGACUGCAUUGAUUUCCACUGUCGGUGACUUCCUUUUUGAUAUGGGAACCUCAGUUAUUACAAUUUUCGACAACAAAGUUAGAUGGGGUCUAUUUUUCAUUUUCAGAACUUUGAAACAUUUAAUUUUUUACAAACGCACAGGGAAUCAAUCAAUACAACAAGAUCUCAGAAUAGAGCAUCGUGAAGAAGAACAAGAAGAAGAAAUCCAGGAAGAAACCUACGACCAAGACCUGGAAACUCACCAAGCAGAGGAAACUUUACAUGAUCUGGCUUCCCAAAGACUUGGGCAACUUCAAGAUAUUCCAACAGAUGAAGAAGUCCAUGUCAAAAUUAAGCAGAUCAUGCUACUGCAGAAAAAUUAUUCUGUGCUGUCAUAUGAAGAUCACAAUUACAAGUUAAAGUUUGAAGAAUGGGUUUAUUUUUAUUCUUUGUUGGAAGAUAUUAAAUUUCAGUUUUUAAAUAUAGAUAACUUCUGGCUGUCAGAGUAUUCUCCCUUGAGAUAUCCAAUGAAUGAGUCACGGUUUGCGCUGCUACAACUAACAGGUUCAUUAGAACAAGAAGUGGAGAAUAUCAUUUCAAGGGCUACGAAAAAAUCACCUUCUGUCUCCAACAAUUAUGUGCGAGAAACUUCUAAUGAUACUAGCGCAUUUCAAAACUAUUCAACCCAUUUAACUAAAAUUAAGCACAAGAGAUCCAACUCUUUUUGA